GAGCAUGCUCAGUCAUCGCGGUCUGCUAGAAAGAGGAAGCUAGUUUACAUAGGAGUCAUACCAAGCAUAGCCUGCAUGUCAGUGCAGUUAACUUGCAGCGGGGCUGUGAGGAAAAUUAGCAUGUCUUUGUCCUAGGAAGUCUUUGCUGUUCCAGUUUUCCCUCCCCCUCUCCUCUCCUUCCGAGUGAGAGCUAUGAGAAAUUUUAACAGUAACGGAGGACACAAUUUACCUCUGACUCUCUCGUUCUAAAGCCCUGGAAGGGGAUUUCUUGCUCCCUCCCCUCCUCUUUCCCCCCCUCAACUCAUUUUUUUUUAAAAAAAAUACACUUUGUUUUGAUUAGUCGGAGGCUGGGCCCUGAGCUUGUGGGACUCGGAAAAGAGCCAGGGGCGACUCAGCAGCCUUUGCCUAGUGUACUUGUCGCUGUUUUGGUGGGCGAAAGCAAGCAAGCUGGUCUUCUUUGCUAGCCCACUAAAUGCUAUUUAUGAAGAUGGACCUGUUGAAUUACCAGUACCUGGACAAGAUGAACAACAAUAUUGGCAUUCUCUGCCAAUAUGAAGGUGAAGCUGCUCUAAGAGGAGAGUCCAGGAUGCAGUCUCUCCCUGUAUCCGCUGCUGUAACCAACCAUAGGACGGGGCCACCGCCUAUCAGUCCUUGCAAGAGGAAGUUCAGCAUGGACCAAGGAGAUGAUGACCUAGACUGUGAAAAUGAACAUGUCUCAAAAAUGAGUCGCGUGUUCAGUCCCCCUCUAAUGAAGACUGCCAAUGGGGAUUAUCGAAAAGAGCACAAAGAAAGAAGUCGCAGUCCAAUCGACCGGGCUGUAGCACCAACAAUGAGUCUUCAUGCUAAUCAUAUAUACGCCUCAAUCCCAAGCUUAACCAUGGAUCAACCUCUAGCACUGACCAAAAACAGCAUGGAUGCUACCCGGUCUGUAAGCAUCACUCCUACAAUGACGUCAGUGGAACGGCAGCAGAACCGUCCAUCUGUAAUCACAUGUGCCCCUGCAAGCAAUCGUAACUGCAACCUUUCUCACUGUCCAGUUGCACACAGUGGAUGUGGGGCUGCCAUGCCAAACAGUUACCGGAGGCCAUCAAGCACUCCCACUGCUUGUGAUCCAGUGGUGGAAGAGCACUUCCGUAGAAGCCUUGGGAAGAAUUACAAGGAGCCAGAGCCCGUGACAAACUCUGUAUCCAUCACCGGAUCUGUUGAUGACCACUUUGCCAAAGCACUUGGAGACACAUGGCUUCAGAUUAAAGCUGCGAAGGAUAAUGUGUCCAGCAGUCCUGAAUCUGCCUCCAGGAGGGGCCAGUCAUCAUCUCCUCCUUCCUCCCAUAUGAUCAAUCAUAACCAUUCGCCUUCUGUAGUCUCGUGAAGAGAGGACCACCAUUUAUGUUUUUCAUCCAAACUUGCAAUUGCAUAGUUUGCCUAAGCUUGGAACACUGCUCAAAACAAAAUAGUGUUUGGGAGGGAAAAUAUGAGAGAUAAGUUUUAACACACAUUUUGUGUGUCAUUUACAUGUGUUUUUAUAUAUAUAAACACACAUGUAAAUAUAUGUGCCCUUAAAGAUGAUAGCAGGACCCAUUCAAUUACAAUUUUAUGAUGUAGCACUCCUGUUUUUCCUGCUUCAAUUACCAAAGAAACCUCUGAUGCAAAUCUGCUGCCCCUUUUUGUUAAAAAAAACAAACCCCACAAAACAAACAAAAAACACAGAAGCAAGUCAAUGCUCUAAAGAUAAAAUUUAAAAAAAAACUUUUUUCUUUAAAAAAAGCCAUUCUGUACAGUUGGUUGACCCAAAUGCUGUGUGCUUUGACUAGCUUCUUGAAAGUAGAAUUUUGUCUUGUUUUUGCUUCUGUUCCUUUCUUCUUCCUUUGUGAAGUAACUUUGUAUGUAUAUACUUGAAAAGAGUUGUCAUGUAUGAUUUGCACUAUUGGAGGUGGUCUUGAGUUGCAUAGCAACUUCAUGCACGAUGCUUAUAUUCUGAGGGCAAACUGCUGGGGGGGGAAGUCUAAAGAUGAUGCAUCUGUCUCUUUAAAGCAAAAAAAAAAAGCAAAAUCUGCGUAGGAAGGGGAAGUCUCAUACAGGUUAUAGGCCUUUCUCUCUUUAGAUUUCAGGUGCUUAGUGCUUGCAACUGGACUGCAUUAAUUGACUGAUCAUGGGCAUUUAAACUUUUUGUUAACACUGCAGUUUGUUAGACUAGAGCAAAAGUCAGAGGGUUCAGUAGUGCUAAAAGAUGCAUGUUUUAUGAAAAAAUAGCUGGUAUCUAUUAAUGUAUAGACAAUAAGGAAUAUAAUACUUAUUAGCCUUUUUGAGAGUUAGGGUGGGUUUUUUUUUCAGUAACAGUUGUAGAUAAACUUUACUGCUGGUACAGUUGUACUCUGAUAUUUGUAUUUGAUAUUCACUUUAUUAGCAGCCAGCAACCACAGACAGUUGCCUCAGGUCAGGCCUCGAAUCAAAAGAAGCAAUUUAUAGCUUAUACAGUGCUGUGUGGUACAGAUGCUUCAAAACUGCAUUCAUUACUGACUAAACAAUGUACAUUUGCAGCAUUUACAACUUAUUGCAAAUUUACUCACUAGAUUUGUCAAAAACAAUCUGUGAAAGGUAAACUGAUGAUUGAAAUGCAAUCUUUCAUUUUUGAGGCUGCUUAUAAAUCUAGGCCAAGGCACCAUACAUUCCUCCAUUUAAAAUAUUUUAUAAAGGUGUUAUUUGCAUAUAUUUCAUUUGCUAUAUUAAUAGCCACUAACUAGAUAGUAGAGGCAUACAUAAAGAACAGAAUUGUCUUCAUAAUAAUGAGCUUCUCAGCUUUUUCUUAAAUGCAGCAACUUGCCCACUCCAGGAUCCACACCCCACACAUUCCACUGCCUUGAAUACAGUUACAACACCUAGGUCUGAGUUACCUGAAAGGACUGAUUCUAUUGAGAAAGCUUAUGAGUAGCAGAAGGAGACAACAACAUGUGAUUUAUUCUGAAUUGUAUCACAGUAUUGGGUCCACAAUGGCCAUUCCAUUUGUGGGUUUGGUUUUUUUUGUUUUUGUUUUUGUUUGUUUUUUUAACAUUAAAGGUUAAAUAUGAAAAAAAAAGUGCAGGGUGGAAAAGAGCAGAAGAUUACUAGUUUUUGUUUUGUGUCUCUAUACUGAUUGUGGCUGCCUAAUUUUAAAAGCAGGAAAAGGACAACAGAAGCUCCUCCCUUAUCACGUCUUUCACACAUUUCACUGUCAUUGUAGUAUUGGGUAGUCAGUGCUCAGUCUCUUUUGGCGUUCAUGAUCCUUCUCCCUGUAAGACAAUUGCAGAAACAUACACACACAUUUUUUUAAAUAGGUAACUUUAAGACCAUCAUUACGCUGUGCGUAAAGAAUGUACAGAGAAAUUUGUAGGUAUUUUUUGAGGAACAAUUAAUUUGUUAAUGAUAUGUAGCUAUUUAAUUUUUCCCUUUCCUUUGUUGUAAUCAUUUUCUGUCUCUUUCUCUCUCUCUCUGUCUGUUUGGAGAAAAAGUUGAUCUUUUUUGUUUGUUUGUAGAUGUCUGUAAUACAGUAAAAGUGCAGGAACACAGUUAUUCUAUAAGAACACUGCAUUAAUAGCCACUAGUGUGUUGUUGCUACAGGCUACUGAGCGGUCUAACAGGAAAGUACUAAUGACUGUAGAUGGGACUCUGUGGGACAUGUAACUGCUUGGACAUUUCUUUUAAGCACAAGGCUAUGUAGUCAAGUUUACUUAUCUGUGAUAGGUAAAUGGCUCUGUGGUGAGGCAAAGGUCACGGGCACCACGGUCCUGAACCACACAAUACUUGGAAGAAACCAUAUACCAGUUUUGGUGGCAUAUACUUCAAGUAAGUGUACCUAGGGUUAUAGGCUCUGUGAGGUACAAUAUGUCCCACAUACAUUAAUUUGGGGGAGGAUGCACCAUGGGAUAUGUUGUUACUUUGUGAAAGCCAAAAGGGUUGGGGUGGGAGGAGAGGAGGAGGGAUAUUAACCUCACUGUUACAUGAAGUUUUAUUUUUCCACAGAGCCAUGGUAUCUACAGUUCAGCUUGAACGAUGCUCUCCAUGUUUGUAAAUCUGUAAUAUAUCAUUCUUUUGUGGCCUUGUUUCACCUGGCAAUUUUUUAAAAAGGUUUGGCAGGCCAUCUUUUUUUUGUACUUAAAAGUAGCCUUAAUGAACAAUAAAGUGCUCUUAAACCUCUUGCAGUGA